AUGUCAUCCCCGCCUUCAAGCUCUUCCGAACUUGAAAAUGAGGAAUUUGGAAGACUACUGGACAUCAAGCCCGACGACCUCGUUGCGCUAAGCUGGAGAAUUUAUAGCGGGCUCCAAGAAGAGCCGAUCCCAUCCUCCUCCGCACCGAUUGCCCAUCUUGUCGACACUUUCUAUGGCUCAUUCAAUAUUGUCCACAUCCUAGAGCUCAACGGAGACCGCAAAAUAGUUAUUCGGAUACCCAUUACUGGCAAGUCUGGCAGCCUUGAGGGCGCAGCGGGCCAGGCUAUCGAGUCGCAGGUCCAGACUAUGCGACAUAUCCGCGCGACUACGACCAUCCCCAUCCCAGAAGUCUACCACUUCGACGUUACCGACAACAACGAACUAUCCGCCCCGUACAUUGCCAUGGCGUAUAUUCCUGGUGUCAGUGUUGCAAAAAUGUGGUUCAACGAUGACGAGUCCAUUGAAGAGAAACGCUUGAAAAUACUUUCGCAACUUGCCGGGUUUUCCUGUCAGCUUCGCGAGUUGCGCUUUGAAGCAAUUGGGUCGCUGCUGCCUCCACUUCCCUCUGAUAGCAGAAUGAGCAGCAUUGGACCGUGCUUCAGCUGGGAAGAACCAGAAGAGGACCCGGACAACGUUGGUGUCAUAUCCUACGGGCCAUUCUCGACAAGCGAUUCCUGGCUAGAGCAUAUCUGGGCCCCGAUACUCCGCAAUCCCAAAAGCCACUAUGAUAGAGCCUGCGUCAAAAUUAUUGAAACAAUGCUCCCUCACCUCCCCCAAACCGCGCCGCACUACACGCUAACCAUGCCCGACUUCGAUUCACAAAACGUAAUGGUAGACGGCGAGGGCAAUAUCACAGGACUCAUCGACUGGGACAACGCAAGAACCAAGCCUGACUAUCUCGGCUUUGCACGCUUCCCGGGCUGGAUCACGCGGGACUGGGACCCCCUCAUGUAUGGCUGGCCUCAUUCAGACAACGAGAAUUCGCCGGAAGAAUUGAACAAGUAUCGUCAGUAUUACUUUGACGAAAUGAAGACCAUCCUCGCCGCGAUUGGCUCCACAGACUACUAUCUGACUGAAAAGGCGCAUGUAUUCGAGGCCCUUGUCAUCGCGAUGGCGAAUGAGCACCACACGAUCCCGAUUUGCGCAAAGUUCGUUGCAGAGGUGAUGCGUGCUCUGCCAGAGGAAAACGCGUUUAAAGAGGCGGGCUGGAAAGUCGGGCAGGAGAUCGCUGUGCUUGUCUGUCUCGGGGAUGGAGAGCUAGAGGAGGAGGCCUGGUUGCAACUGCAAGAUGGACUGAAGACGUUGAUGGAGCUUAGUGUCAGUUAG